GACUCGCGUAUCACAUUUAACAAUCAGCAACUUUUCCGUCUGGGAAGGCACUGCAGAGCGGUUCUGCGGCACAGAGUGCUAUCCCUUUAAGGAGCAGCCGAGGCUAAGUGAGCUGCUGUUGUCAUGUGUAGGUGCCGUCACCGUGCUGGUGCCUGGGAACCAGGAAGCAACUACACCAUCUAGUGUCACAACCGUUGCAAGCGGGGAAAUAAAGCGCCUAACACGAGAGGCUGAUUCGAUUUGGAAGCGGUUUGCUGGGGUGUUGGCAACAAAGUGUUUCAGCCCCUGCCUUCUGGGAUGGCUCUCUCCUGCUCACUGAGACUGAUGCGCCUGCGCACUUGCUGGCCGGUGAGUCUGAAACAGGCAUCUUUGAGCACUGCACCAGAUGAGGACUGGAGACAGGUGGCUGGGAGGAAUGAAGCAACGAGGAAAAGGUGGAUGAAGGAGAAAAAGCCUAGACAGGACUGCAGCUUGCCAGGCCUGGAGUCCUCCUGGGAAGAGAGGCUAACCAAUGUGGCAACUCCAUUGUGGAGAUUCCCCUAUGAAGAACAGCUGAAGGUGAAGUCUGAGAGUCAGAAGAAGGUGUUGCAGACACUGGCUUCUCGUCUGAGGGAGCUUGGUACAGACAAACUGGAAAUCACACAAAGACCAGAUGGGCUUUGCUGUCCCCUCCGUUCUGUUGUCCCCUCUCCCGUCGUUAAUGGCUACCGAAACAAAUCCACAUUUUCUGUGAACCGAGGACCUGAUGGGAACCCCAAAACUGUGGGACUCUAUGUGGGAACUGGCAGAGCAAGGAAUAUUGUCUGUGUGCGAGCCAACCACCUGGAAAACAUGCCCGAAAAACACAAACAAGUGGCCCAGUGCUAUGAGGAAUUUCUUCAGCAGUCCCCACUGGAUCCCUGCCUCCUGUUUCACCAGGGUGGCCACUGGCGCGAGCUCACAGUACGCACCAAUAGCAGUGGACACACUAUGGCCAUCUUCACCUUCCACCCCCAGGAUCUCAGUCAGGAGGAACUGUGUACUCAGAAAGCAUUGCUUAAGGAGUUUUUCACUUGUGGGCCUGGAGCAGUCUGCAGCCUGACCUCAUUCUAUUUCCAAGAGAGCAUCAUGACUCGAAGUUCCCACCAGCAAUCCCCCUAUCAGCUCCUCUAUGGAGAACCAUACAUCUUUGAGGAGGUCCUGGGCUUGAAGUUCCGCAUCUCUCCAGAUGCCUUUUUCCAAAUCAACACAGCUGGGGCAGAAGUUCUGUACCAGACAGUGGGGAAGUUAAGCCGGGCUGAUAAGAACACUGUCCUUCUUGAUGUCUGCUGUGGAACUGGUGCCAUUGGUCUCUCUCUGGCUCACCAAGCAUCUAAGGUUGUUGGUGUCGAGGUGGUGGAGCAGGCUGUAGAGGAUGCCAGAUGGAAUGCAGCAUUAAAUGGGAUCUCAAACUGUGAGUUUCACAGUGGAAAGGCAGAGACGGUGUUGCCGCAGUUCCUGAUGUCGCGAGAGGAUGACCGGCUCCUUGUUGCAGUGGUAAACCCAUCCCGGGCUGGACUCCAUUAUCGUGUGGUGCGGGCCAUUCGAAACUGCGAGGCCAUCCGUACGUUGAUCUAUGUUUCCUGCAAGCCUGAAGGAGAAGCCAUGAGGAACUUCCUUGAGUUUUGCUGCCCACCAGACUCUGGGAAGAAGCUUGUAGGAGAGCCAUUUGCCCCUCUAUUGGCUGUCCCAGUCGACCUGUUUCCCCACACCAUGCACUGUGAGCUGGUGAUGCUCUUCACCCGCUGAGGGGCCAUCCUGGUUUAUGGGGUUUCCUACAAAACAGGACUUCAUACCUUUCAAAGUUGAGAGUGAGAAAGAACUACAGAUGUUCAGAAAGCUGGAAUGGUUGUGUCUCUAAUUUAAUUUAUUCUUUUGAAAGUUGUAAAUUAAAACUCUUUUGGGAAUUCUCAGGCUGCCUCACUGUGCUGUCCCUUGCAUAUCCUAUGAAGUAUGAAGCCAGUGUGCACUGAGAUUUUCUGUGUGAAAAGAUCCUCUAUUGUAGUUUC